UGAAAGCUUACUGGCUAACCAGGUGCUCCAGAUCACCUCAUACCCUUGCAGCUAGGGCAUCACUAACUUUGCCUAAGGAUUAUUUUGGGAAGUUGUUCGGAAGUUUAUCCGGUGAUUGCCAGGGAAACAUAGGAAGACGAGGAACAACCUGAACUCCGGUUGGUUCUAAGGUCUGAAAUAAAGGCAACACGUACCGGUAGUAGCCCUUCCUUAGAUGUCGUCCACUUGGCCUCAGCUGCCACCCGAGAUUGUGGAGCACAUCGCACGCUUCCUUCCAGUGAAUGACGUUUCCUGCAACUUACGCUUGGUCAACAAGGCAGCUGCGGCGCAGUUCCGGGGGCCGCGUUACGCGACCGUUCGGCUGUCGCUGACAUCGCCGCACGAUGCCUUCGCGCACCGCUGGGGCGCUCCAGGCGCCAUGAGGUGUCUAACCUACAACCAGAGGCUUAAGCUCGUAUGCCUAACAGCUCGCACCGGCAACCUUCGCAACCUGUCCCUGGCGUUAGCAUGCGCUGGACUGGCUCCUAGCGCCAAAUUCCUGGAAGCCGCCGCCGCUGGGGGGCAACUAGACGCCGUCCUGCGCCUCCGAGAGUUGGGAUGUCCACUGGGCAACGCACUAAAGGAAGCAGCGGAGGCGGGUCAGCGGAGGAUGUGCGAAUGGCUGCUUGCCAAUGGCUGUCAAUGGACCAUCAGCACCGUUUGCGCCGCCGCUCGUGGCGGCCACCCUGCCCUGAUGGACUGGCUUUGGCAGCUACGAGCGGGUCACGCAUGCGAAGCAAGCAACUCCAUCCACCGCCUGAUUGACGCCUGCAAAGGCUGCGACUUGCCCACCAUGCGACGCAUCUUCCACUCCUUGACCAAAGAGGAAUCCGAUUGGUUCCUGGGCUACAUCGUGUUCCUCUACCGUCACGUCAUGAUCGGCGCUGGCGGCAGCUCCACACCCGACUGGCAAGCCAAGAUUGAAUGGCUGGAGGCCUUGGCUGCGGGCCUGCCGAAGGACCAUGCAGCCUGCCACGGCGCCGCGUUCCACCCUGAUGCACUGCCCCGGCUGAUCUGGCUGAGGCAGCGGGGACACCCCUUUGGCGAGACCGUGGCCCUCGGAGCGGCCGCAGCUGGCAACGUUGCCGCGCUGACUUACCUGCUAGAUGAGGGCGGGGUGCAGCCGGACGCGGACCUCACCCACAGAGCAACCGCCCGGGGUCACCUGGGGGUGCUGCAGAUGCUGCAUGCGCGGGGGGCGCUGGCGCCGGAGGGUGUGGACUGGCGGGGUAUGGCGGGGGAGGGACACCUGGGUGUGAUGGCCUGGCUGGUGGAGGAGGUGGGGCUGCGGCUGCCGGCCAGCGUGCCGGUGCAUGCGGCCCGGUCGGGCAGCCUGCCGCUGCUGUCGUGGCUGCACGAGAGGGGUGUGGCGUGGAGCUGUGAGGCGUUCAACGAGGCGGCGGGCGCGGGCAGUGAGGAGGCGGUGGAGUGGCUGCUGGCUGCCGGCUGCCCCAUGUCGAUGGACGGCAAGGCCUACGACAAGGCGGCCGCCAACGGCGACUACGCCAUGCUGCGCUGCCUGCGGCGGCUGGGCUGCCCCUGGGGCACCGCCAGCCCGCACACGACCUUCUCCUCCUGCGUCCUCAGCGGCUGCCCGCUGCAGGUGCUGGGAUGGCUAGCGGCGGAGGGGUGUCCGGUGGACUGGGGGGCGGCGGUGGCGGCGGCGGAGUGGCGCGUGCGGGAUAGCCCUGGGGAGGCGAGCGCGGGGGUAUUGGCUUGGGUGCAGCAGGGGGGAAGGCAGCAGCGGUUCGGCUGAGGAGGUUGAGGAGGUGGCUGGAAGCAUGUGCGUAUGGGAGAGAGGGGGGCCCGGGUUGCUGCUGGGGUGCUGGGCGUCGGGUGGGAUGAUGUGGUAUGGAAGGGCCUGCUGGGGCCUGCUGUACGUACAUCAGGGGUGAUGUUUAUGCCGUCAUGUACAUGUUGGCAGCAGCGGGGCGGCUACGGUGAAAAUCGUGAAAUGUUGACAACUUGACAUGGUUUGCGGGAUUGCAGCAAGCUCCAGAGUCUCCAGAGUACUCAAGUCUGUAGCAUACAUCUGUAUCUGUGCAUAUGUGACAUAUUGACGGUGUACAUAGGUUGGCGUGCGGUGGUUGGUGGCAAGCGGUUACAUGCACCUACAAGUGGCUUCGGCAGGACGCGGGUUGCUGGGUGCAGGGUGCUUAGCCACUCAUUGUUCCCCUGGUGGUCUCACACGUAGUGUUGUUGAGCGGUAUUCGUUCUCGUGUUCGUGUUCUCUGUCUUGACUCAGUCGCGACGCUUUACAGUCCUAGUGCUGAUAACACCACACCCGUCUGUGUGCCCUUGCUGCCGCCCUGCGUGCACGCACUUAUUGCAAACAAGCCCCGGGUGCCAGCCAAAGCACGCAAGCCAAACACACAAGCCUCCACCCGCAAUGCUUUGUGGUCUAGCAGCGGCCCAAACCGGCCUUCACCCUAACUGCUACGUUUACACACGUUCCCCUAUCGCGGCCAGCAGUUUAUCUCAACACACACCCUGGUCGUCAAGUCGUCGUUCCGACUCCU